AUGCCUGUUCAGAUAAGUUUCGGAAUACUUACUGGUAAGUACGACAGUUAUGCGGAUAAGGGCAAUGAUUUAUCAAGUCCUAAAUUAAUAGAAGAAAUAUUAAAGGAGUUUCCAUCGGCCGAAAUAAGCGCAAUAAAAAUCGUACCAGUGGAUAUGCAGGAAAUUAAAUCGACUCUAACAGAAUGGUUCGACUUGAAAAUCAACGUAAUAUUCACAACAGGCAAUCUACCAGACAUGAUCUUCGCUAUGAUCACCAGUAGCUUGAAGAUCAUUCCAAUUGCGAUGCUCUCCAGACCCUUGAGCGGUAUUAGAGACAACACGAUGAUAGUAAAUCUGCCGGGAAGCCCUGAAAUGGUUUCGGAAUGCUUCGGUAUCAUCAAGGAAGCCUUACCCCGCGCUUUGGAGCUCCUAACAGAACAAAAAAAAUCAGUGGUUUCUGGUCACGAAGCCAUUCUGAGCGACUCAGGAGCAUCCGUUGUCCCAACCACCAGCUCCAGUAAGGUACUAUUGAGCGGUAUUAGAGACAACACGAUGAUAGUAAAUCUGCCGGGAAGCCCCGAAAUGGUUUCGGAAUGCUUAGGUAUCAUCAAGGAAGCUUUACCCCGCGCUUUGGAGCUCCUAACAGAACAAAAAAAAUCUGUGGUUUCUGGUCACGGCGCCAUUCUGAGCGACUCAGGAGCAUCCGUUGUCCCAACCACCAGCUCCAGUAAGGUGAAACUGGCUCCAUUAAGAAAAUACCGCUACCCUAUUAUCGAUGUUGAAUUUGCUUCUGAUUGUAUUAAGGAUGUUUGUUCUGAUAAAGAGGUAACCACAGAAACGGUGCCUUUGGAGAGAUCGCUUAAUCGAAUUGUAGCAGAAGAUAUUCAUGCUGAAGAAUCGAUUCCUUCAUUUCCAACUUCGUUUAUAGAUGGUUACGCAGUUAAAUCGAGCAAUGGCAAAGGAAUACGUGUUGUGAAGAAUGUCGCAACUGCAGGAGAUAAGCCAAUCGAUGAAGUUCUGCAGUCAGGCGAAGCGAUAAGAAUAUCGAUGGGAGAACCAAUUCCUGCGGGAGCAGACGCAGUGGUACCAUUGGAAGAUACUUCAGUUGUUGAAUAUUCGAUUGAUGGUUCUGAAGUAAUUAAGGUGAAAAUCAAAAGAGCACCCAACUAUAAUGAAAACAUAAGAAUAAUCGGAAGCGACGUAUCGAAGAAUUCUUUGGUUUUAAAAAAAGGCGAACGUAUCAAACAUUUCUCUCUUGGAGUUUUAGCCAUGUUAGGAAAAACAAAUAUUUUGGUUUAUAAACGCCCUUCUAUAGGAGUCAUAUCAAUUGGCAAUUAUAUUUGUGAACCUAAAGAAAAACUAGCCCCUGGCAAAAUCAGAGAUGCAAAUAGAUUCACCUUAAUUAAUUUGCUUAAAAAUUACCGUUAUAAAUCAAACGAUUGUGGUAUAGCUAAAGACAAUCCUGAUGCAAUAAAGCAAGCUCUUGAACAAAGUUUUACUUGUAACGAUGUUAUUAUUAUAAGCAGUGCAAUGGGAGAAUUGGACAUGUUGAAACGGGUCCUCGUUGAGGAUUUUCAAGCUACUAUACAUUUUUGCAGGAUAAAGAUGAAACCCGGAAAAUACACGACCUUUGCGACACUUAUGUAUAAUGAAACAUGGAAAAUGGUGUUUGGCCUAACGGGUUAUCCAUCUUCCUGUGCAAUAAUUUGUAUAUUAUUCGUUAUUCCUGCUCUACGCUUCAUGGAAAAAUCUCCCUACGACGGUUUUGUACCUAUUUCUGUGCCACCAAAUUCAUUUAAUAUACGUUCGUUACCAUCUAAUAAUGAUGAUUGUCCAGAGUAUCGACUAGUUAAAGUAAAUAGGACUUUGACUGGAAUGACAACUGCAGAGGAUGUAUCAAGAACUUUUAUUAUGCCUGUUGAGAUAAGCUUCGCAAUACUUACUGGUAAGUACGACAGCAGUUAUGCGGAUAAGGUCAAUGAUUUAUCAAGUCCUAAAUUAAAAGAAGAAAUAUUAAAGGAGUUUCCAUCGGCCGAAAUACGCGUAAUAAAAAUCAUACCAGACGAUUUGCAGGAAAUUAAAUCGACUCUAACAGAAUGGUUCGACUUGAAAAUCAACGUAAUAUUCACAACAGGCAAUCUACCAGACAUGAUCUUUGCUGUGAUUAUCAGUAGCUUGAAGAUCAUUCCAAUUGCGAUGCUCUCCAGACCCUUGAGCGGUAUUAGAGACAACACGAUGAUAGUAAAUCUGCCGGGAAGCCCCGAAAUGGUUUCGGAAUGCUUCGGUAUCAUCAAGGAAGCCUUACCCCGCGCUUUGGAGCUCCUAACAGAACAAAAAAAAUCUGUGGUUUCUGGCCACGAAGCCAUUCUGAGCGACUCAGGAGCAUCCGUUGUCCCAACCACCAGCCUUAGUAAGACCCUUGAGCUAUAUUAGAGACAACACGAUGAUAGUAAAUCUGCCGGGAAGCCCUGAAAUGGUUUCGGAAUGCUUCGGUAUCAUCAAGGAAGUCUUACCCCGCGCUUUGGAGCUCCUAACAGAACAAAAAAAAUCUGUGGUUUCUGGUCAUGGAGCCAUGCAAAGCGACUCAGGAGCAUCCGUUGUCCCAACCACCAGCCUUAGUAAGGUGAAACUGGCUCCAUUAAGAAAAUACUACUACCCUAUUAUCGAUGUUGAAUUAGCUUCUGCUAUUAUUGAGGAUGUUUGUUCUGAUGUAGAGGAAACCACAGAAACGGUGCAUUCGGAGAGAUCGUUUAAUCGAAUUGCAGCAGAAGAUUUUCGUGCUGAAGAAUCGAUUCCUUUAUUUGCAACUUCGAUUAUAGAUGGUUACGCUGUUAAAUGGAGCGAUGACAAAGGAAUACGUGUUGUGAAGAAUGUUGCAACUGCAGGAGAUAAUCAGCCAAUCGAUGAAGUUCUGCAGUCAGGCGAAGCGAAAAGAAUAUCGAUGGGAGAUCCAAUUCCUGCGGGAGCAGACGCAGUGGUACCAGUGAAAGAUACUUCAGUUGUUGAAUAUUCGAUUGAUGGUUCUGAAGUAAUUAAGGUGAAAAUCAAAAGAACACCCGACUACAAUGAAAACAUAAGAGAAAUCGGAAGCGACGUAUCGAAGAAUUCUUUGGUUUUAAAAAAAGGCGAACGUAUCAAACAUUUCUCUCUUGGAGUUUUAGCCAUGUUAGGAAAAACAAAUAUUUUGGUUUAUAAACGCCCUUCUAUAGGAAUCAUGUCAAUUGACAAUGAUAUUUGUGAACCUAAAGAAGAACUAGCCCCUGGCAAAAUCAAAGAUGCAAAUAAAUGCACCAUAAUUAAUUUGCUUAAAAAUUUCCAUUAUGAAGCAAACGAUUGUGGUAUAGCUAAAGACAAUCCUGAUGCAAUAAAGCAAGCUCUUGAACAAAGUUUUACUUGUAACGAUGUUAUUAUAACGAACAGUUCAAUGGGAGAUUUGGACAUGUUGAAACGGGUUCUCGUCGAAGAUUUUCAAGCUACUAUAUAUUUUUACAGAGUAAACAUGAAAUCCGGAAAAUACACGACCUUUGCGACACUUAUGUAUAAUGAAACAUGGAAAAUAGUGUUUGGCCUAACGGGUAAUAUAUUUUCCUGUGCAGUAACUUGUAUAUUAUUCGUUAUUCCUGCUCUACGCUUAAUGGAAAAAUCUCUCUACGAACGUUUUUUAACUAGUUCUAUAUCACCAAAUUCAUUUGAUCAUUCGUUACCAUAUAAUAAUGAUGAUUGUCUAGAGUAUCGACUAGUUAAAGUAAAUAGGACUUUGACAACUGCAGAGGAAGUACCAGGCGUAUUAGGUUAUUUAGAUAAAGCAAACGGUUUACUUAUAGUUGAGCCAAAGAAAGAUUACUCAAGUAGAAUUUUUUAUGAAAACUAUAGCAAUCUUUACAAUGUAAUAUUAUUUCAUGAGAAUUAUUAUCAGUGA